GCUCGCUGCUGGAGCCGCCGCUGCAGCUCUACUGGGCCUGGCUGGUGCAGCGCACGCCCGCCUGGCUGGCCCCCAACGCCAUCACGAUGGGCGGCCUCCUGCUCAACGUGCUGCCCACACUGCUGCUCGUCGCCUGCUGCCCCCGCGCCACCGAGCAGGCACCUUUUUGGGUAUUCCUCUUGUGUGCAGUAGGACUCUUUCUGUACCAGUCCCUGGAUGCUAUUGAUGGGAAACAAGCCAGAAGAACAAAUAGUAGUUCCCCCUUAGGGGAGCUUUUUGACCAUGGUUGUGAUUCUGUCUCCACAGUUUUUGUAGCCCUUGGAGCCUGCAUAGCAGUUCGACUAGGAACAAAUCCUGACUGGAUGUUUUUCUGUUGUUUUGUGGGAAUGUUCUUGUUUUAUUGUGCUCACUGGCAGACCUAUGUGUCGGGCAUGUUAAAGUUUGCAACAAUUGAUGUAACUGAAGUUCAGAUAUCAAUAAUAAUCCUCCUUUUGUUAUCUGCAUGUGGUGGAACAACUAUGUGGGACUCUAAGAUCCCUUGGGUAGAUCUAAGCCUGAAGACUCUCCCUGUUCUUGGAAUAGUGUGUGGAGCAAUAUAUUCCUCUUUCAAUUACUUUCGUGUCAUCUUUGGCGGAGGAGUUGGAAAGAAUGGAUCUACGAUAGCAGGAACUAGUGUUCUUUCACCAGGUCUCCAUAUAGGAUUAAUUAUCACCUUGGCGAUUGUGAUCUAUAAAAAAUCUACAACUCAUUUGUUUGAAAACCACCCAUGCCUCUAUGUCUUAACAUUUGGAUUCGUGAGUGCUAAGAUCACACAAAAAUUAGUGGUGGCUCAUAUGACAAAAAGUGAAAUCUAUCUUCAGGACACUGCAUUCAUUGGGCCAGGGCUUCUGUUUUUGAACCAAUACUUCAACAGUUUUAUUGAUGAAUAUAUAGUUCUGUGGAUUGCAUUGUUUAUAUCCUUGUUUGAUUUACUGAGAUAUGCCACUGGAGUGUGCAUGCAGAUUGCUGCUCACCUACACAUACAUGUCUUCAAGAUUUCAUCUCAACAAGCACCUGAACAGGUACAAGUUGUUCAAUGAACCAUCAGAAUAACAUGGACUGAAGAGACUUCCGAACAGUUGCCAUCUCUUGUUGUUGCUGUUACAAGAAAAGGAGAUAAAAUUGAACACAGAUAACAAAACAAUUAGGGAAAAAUACCACUUUUGUCAGGCCUACUGAGCUAAUUAAGAGAAUCUUA